CUAAUUAAGGAAUCCCUGUAUGGGAAGCCAUAUUUGUGGCAGCUUGCCUCUAUAUUAGACACCAUAUAUUGGAAAUACCAUGAGAUUUGUUUAUAAAACAGUACUGACAAUAAACAUGAGAUAAUAAUUUGCUUUAAAGCACAAAGAAUUAAAGGUCAUAUUUCUAACAAAUACAGUGUAAUCUGUGAAGGACAACAAUGUUUGGAGGCUCAAAACCAACAGGAUUUGGAACCCCUUUUGCGGCAAAUGCAAGUGCUACACCAGGAUUUGGAGGUACAGCAUUUGGACAGGCAACACCUACAGCAGGAGGAGGGCUGUUUGGACAGAGUACUACAGGGACCGGCACAGGGACUGGUCUCUUUGGUGGAAGUGGAGGAUCAGCAUUUGGGACGCAGUCAUCAGGAUUUAAUUUUGGUGCAACCCCUAGCAGUACAGGCGGACUGUUUGGACCAAAGACUACAGCCAGCACUGGCCUGUUUGGCACACCAGCUGCAGCUAGCACCAGUAAUGCAUUUGGAUUUGGAAGUGCAGCAGGUGGAUUUGGAGCUACAACAACAACAAGCAGCACUGCAGGUGGUCUGUUUGGAACAACAAAUAAUGCAGGAACUGGGCUCUUUGGAGCAAGUCCAGCAUUUUCACAGCAGCCCCAGGCUGGCACAGCCAUAAAAUUUAAUCCACCCCAGGGUCAGGACACGAUGGUAAAGAAUGGUGUAACACAGAAUAUCAAUACAAAACAUCAGUGUAUCACUGCAAUGAAAGAAUACGAGGGGAAAAGUCUGGAGGAGCUAAGAGUGGAAGACUAUACUGCAGGAAGGAAGGGAAAACAAGCAGGAACAACUUCAGGGUUCGGAUUUGGAACCCCUGCGGCAUCAGCCACACAACCUACAGGCUUUGCUUUUGCACAGGCCAAGCCAUCAGGGUUUGGAGCAUCAACUGGAUUUGGAACAAACACCUCAACAGGAACCAGUAAUCUGUUUGGUCAGCCAACUGCCCAGGCAUCAACUGGUGGGGGACUGUUUGGUCAGAACAAGCCCUUGUUUGGCAACACAACCACUACUACACAGAGUGGGUUUGGAUUUGGAACCCAGACAAGCACAGGAACUGGUGGUCUUUUUGGUCAAGCAACACAGAAUAAGCCACUGUUUGGAGCCACAACAACUACACAGCCGAGCCUGUUUGGAACAGGAGCAAACACAUUUGGGCAAACUGCUGCCAGCUCUGGUUUUGGUGGUUUUGGAACAUCGCAAGCUGGUGGAUUGUUUGCAACCAAACCUGCAUUUGGAGCCCAGACAACCUCCACUGGCGGGUUCGGAGGAUUUGGUACCAACUCUAACACUGGGGCCAACCUUUUUGCCAAACCAUUCUCUACACCUAGUACUGGUUUUGGGUUCAACACUGCAACCACUUCAUCUGGAUUUGGUGGAACACAGCCCUUUGGUGCAGCAAAACCAACUGGCUUUAGUCUGGCAACAACCUCAGCAGCUCCAGCAUUCAACUUUACAGGGGGAAUGAGUGCAGGAACCAGUAUGUUCGGGAAUCCACUGAAUAAACCUGGAGGACUAGGUGCCUUUGGCUCAGCUGCCCCUACAGGUUUUGGGACAUUCAGUAGUGCAACUUCUGGUCUUGGUAGUACAGUUCCCACACUAGGAGGGACAGCAAAUCAAUCUGCAGUUAAUCAGGCAGUUCAGCUACAACAGACACUGCAAGCACUUACCAAUUCUCCUUACGGUGAUUCUCCACUUUUCUGGAACAUGAAAGAGAGUAAGACCAAACGGGAAGAUGUUCUAAAACCCACCAACCCAGUGGCACAGAAAGCCAUUCUGGCUAAUCAACAUAAAGUGAGUCCGAGACCUAUGGCAAAGAUCAGACCCAAGGCUUUGUCUGGAGCACUGAAUGGUAACAAGUCUCAGAUAUUUGAAGGCUUGGAAGAAGAUGAUUUCAGUUUUGGAAGCGACACAUUCCAGCCAAGGAAGAGUGUUAAGAAACUGACAAUCAAAAAGGUGGGACAAGAUUCAAGUAACCCCAGCAGAGCCUCGUCUAUGAGUGGUGAACCACCAAACAUGUCUUCUUUAAGGGAGGAAGAGAAUUUCAGGGGAAGGUCCUCUCCUGUUGCAUACAAUGAACAGAGGAGACAGGAGGCAGAUGUUCCAGAAACUGAGAAUAUCAUCAGAAGUAAAGGCAUCUCUGAUCAGAUGGAUACACCAGAUAGAAGGCCGAACAUGGAUGACACAAUUGCUAUGUUGAAUGCCCAGAAUAAAUCUUCUAGUGCUAGGGAACCAGUUAGUUCCAGUACAAGAGAACCAGUUAAUUCCGGACCAUCACAGGAUGACACAGUCAAUAUCAGUAUCAUUUCCAGAGAUGAGUCUGUUAACGAUGAUGUCAUUAUAGAUGAGAGACCAAUGACACCACCACCCCCACACCCAGCAGGUAUCGUGCUGUCGAGACCCGGGUAUUACACAAUACCAAGUCAGGAGGCACUCUCGGAGAUGGUGGAUGAAGAUGGUAACUGCUUUGUUGAGGACUUUACAAUCGGCAGGGAAGGAUAUGGAAGCAUAUUCUUUCCAGGAAUGACAAAUAUUGCCAAUAUGAACUUUGAUGAGACUGUGUUUUUCCGUCGCAAAGAGGUAAUCGUGUAUCCAGACGAUGACAACAAACCUGAAGUGGGUGAAGGUCUCAAUAAGAGGGCGGAGAUUACUUUGGACUGUGUUUGGCCGAGGGAUAAAUCUAUAGGAACUCCCAUUAAGAGCCCUGAGAAGUUGAAGGCAAUGAGAUGGCAGGACAAGAUAGAGGAGAAUUCUCUUAAAGUUGGUGCCAAGUUUAUUGACUACAGGCCUGAGACAGGAUCUUGGGUGUUUGAGGUGAAACAUUUCUCGAAGUAUGGUCUGGUUGAUGACUCGGAUGAGGAGGAUAUGCCGGAACAGGACAAGAAACGUUUACGUCUGGCACAGCAGCAACAGAUGGCUGUACAGAAACAAAAACUGAAUCUGGAGCAUUUGGAGAAGCAGAAACAGCAAGGUGCUCUGAAAGUGGGGGCUACAAAUGGACAUGCAAAACCUGGCGGCCAUCUUGCCAAGUUCACUGUUGGUACAGACGAGGAGAGUGAUGGAAGCGGUACUGCGAGAACUGAGGUUCCCAUGGGGGAUGAUGAUAAUCAGAUAUCAGAGGCCUCUCAAGGGGGGACAAGUGAAUUAGCAGGAGAACUAGAUGAUGAAGAUAUGGAUGUCCCAGAUGAACAACCAUCUUCACAUCGCUUAGCAACAAGUAUGGGAGUUGAUGCAAGAAAUAUGCAGGUCAUGAAAGCUUCUUUCUUUGGUGACGAGGAUGCCCCAGCUCCAGCAUUUGAUGGUUCAAUGUUUGCCAAGAAACAAGGGCCGCCGACUGGAUCACCAUUACUGAGGCACGGAGAUGGGCCCAGUCUGUUCAGUUCUAGUCUGAAAUCUAAAUACAUGUCACCAGUCAAAAUUGCUAAUAUACCACAGAAAGAGACAACAAAAGACAGAGGCCUAUUUUCACCACGUCUGAUCACACCAGAGCCAAUCAGAGCUACAAAAUCACCUCAGACCUACCAUCCGCCAGUGAAGGAAUAUAUGUUGCUAGAAAGUGGCAUGACACAACAAGACUACCAGCAAAGGGUCGUUGGGUCAAGGGUACAAAAGGUCAUCCCCAUGGUAACUGAGAGUUUUACAUACAACAAGCAGGCAUUAUUGGUAGAUGCAGGAUUGUUUAUGGGAAGGUCAUUCCGUGUGGGCUGGGGACCAGGUUGGACUCUGGCUCAUUGUGGAGAUAUUGUACAACCUGAAGAUCUAGAGGAGGACAAGCCUACAAACACAUUCAGUUUGUUCACUGGAGGUCAGAAACGCAGUACAAAACAGGCGGAGACUAGCUGGAUUGUACAUCUACAGAAAAUCAACAUUGCCGACCAUAUACAGUCUGCAGAUAAAACUGUCAUUCAAAAUCAUCGUGAGAUGUUAGAGAUCCAGUUGGUGCAUUCGAGAAGCACAAAGGAAGGGAACUGUCCUGUAUUUACACCAUCAUUGGGUGUGGAGGCACUGCAUCAGUAUGCAGAGAGAAAUCAGGAUGAACUCGAGACGUUAGGUUCUCACCCAGAUGAAUCAAGCGUCAAACAUAUGGGUAUGGUAUGGGAUCUGUGUGUUGCUCUGUGGGGAAAUAUGCCAGAGUUUAAAGAUAUGGAAAUAGAAAGAGACACCUACCUGUACCACAAUGCAAGGAGAGAGGCAUUUUCAAGAUGGCUGUCAUCUGUGUCAGGGGAGAUAAUCAGAAAAGAAGUCCAAGAAAGCAAGUACAAGGACCAGGGUCAUUUAGAAGCCAUUCUGAGUUGCUUAACUGGACAUCAGGUGACUGAAGCUUGCAACUUGGCACAGAAGGCUGGUGACCACAGGCUAGCACUUAUACUAGCCCAGUCUGUUAGCAAUUAUAUACCCAGACAGAUGGUCUCAAAACAACUAGAUGAGCUCAUUGAACUUGGUGUUGACAAUUUCUUCAAAGAGACAAGACUAAAAAUCUACAGUUUACUUGCUGGUCAACUUGUGCUACCCUGUAACAACAUGACAGUAAAUACUUGUGAUGGAAUGGACUGGAAGAGAAGUUUAGCUUUACAUUUAUGGUUCUGUUGUCAAGCUGAAGCACCUAUACAGGAAGCUGUUGAGUUGUAUGAGAGAGCAUUCAAAGGGACCAAUGAGAAUCAACAAUAUUCACGUCCUCCAUUGCCGCCCUACCUCGAGGCUGAAGUGAUGGAGGAAGUGGAGGUUUCUGUACGAGACACAUGUUAUCAUAUUCUUUGUCUGUACUGUCAAAAAUGUCACCAGUUAGAACGUCUGUUGAAUCCUACAACAUCAACAUCAAGUCAUCUAGAUUAUAGACUCAGCUGGCAUUUAAGCCAAGUGUUACAGAGUCUCUCAUACAAUCACCUAUCAGCAUACCACAGAGCAAGCCUCCACAUGAACUUUGCUGCACAUCUAGAGUCUCUCGAUCUCUGGGAAUGGGCCGUCUUUGUUGCAUUGCAUAUCGAAAACCCAAUCAGCCGUGAGUCAGCGGUACGAAGUAUACUCAAUCGUCACAUUCAGCUAUCAUCAUCAGAGUCAUACCUAGAAAAGGAAGAGUUAUUGAAUGAAAGGCUGUUGGUACCUGUUGAAUGGAUACAUAGUGCUAAAGCUUUAAGAGCAAAUUACGAAUCAAAGCAUAAAGAAGAAGCGUGGCACUUGCUGAAGGCCGGACAAUGGAAUAAAAGUCACGAUGUUAUAAUGAGGCAUAUAGCACCUGAUGCUAUUAUACAUGAACGUUAUGAAUACCUUCACGAGUUUCUGGCAGAGUUAUCUAUCCCAGUACGUAGUGCUACCAUACUGGACUGGCAUAUUGCUGGCAGUGUAUACCUAGAAUACAUCAACAUCUCUAACAGUAUGAAACAACUGUCAAAGGCUGGAGAACCAAGCUUGUAUGAAUUAGACAGACUUUUACCAGAAGUAAAAUCGUUGUGUACAAAAGUUGGAAGUAUUCCAUGUAGAAACUCAAAGGACAGACUGUGUCAGUCAGAAAUGGCAAAGAAAGCAGCAAAUUUCCUUAGACUGAUUCUCACAUUUCAAGCUGAGGCCAAUGGAGAACCACAGCCUCCAAUGAGGUUAUUAGCACCAUACAUAAGUAACUUACCAAUGCCAGAGGACUACACCUUGCAUGAGUUACGUGCCCUUACUCGAAGUUACAUGAUGGAACAGACUGUAUCAUGAGACACUAUUGUUCAAUGUUAAAUGAUUAGAAAAUCAUGCUUAAACAUGGGUGUUGCAUGUUCACUGAAUAUACUAGGUGUUAAAGUGAAGCUGGUUCCAAAAUUACAAAACAGAGGUUUGAGACCAGUGUCAGAAUAUAGAAGCUUAAUUUGUCUUUUAAUUCUGUUUUACUGUCUUGGAUUCAGAACUUCAAAAACUUUAUCAUAUAGAUGGUGGACUUGGAUCUUUUCAUAAGACAUCAGUAAUUAUUUAAUCUGUAAAAAUUGCAAAGAUUUAGAUUUAAACUUUAAGCUAGGGCUUGUCAAAACAUUAAACUUGCUUUUUCUAAACUAAAACUGAUUCCGUAGAUUAUGUUUCAGUGUAAUUCAUGAAAUGCUCUUCAUUUGCUAAAUUGGUAUUUUUCUGCAAAUUACACUUUCAUAUUGUUGUGUCAGAUAUUCACUUCAGUUUCUGCUUCUUUUGAUGGAGUAUUUGUGAAUUUUAUGUCAAACAGUGAUGUUUGCUUGAAGAUCAAGUACAGUUUAUUUUUCCAGUAUUUCAUAUAUUUAAACUUGUUCACAUCUCAGAAUUUUCUUCUUUUGAAGAGAAUUAAAUUUUGAGAUUCACAGAAACAUAGAUUUCUGUUAUUCCCUUUGCUCACAAAAUCCUUUGAAAGGUUUUUAAUAACUGUAACACACAUGUAGGUUUGAUAGGCAAGUUGUCAACUUACAUGAUAAUUAUGUACAUGUAUGUUGUAAAGAUUAUGUCAUUUGUACAUAUAUGCAUUUCCACAGGUGAUUUGGUAUUGCUUUUGUUGUACAUUUAGUUGUAGUUUGGUUAUCAUGACCUGAAAAUUGUGGAUCAUUUAGUAUGUUUUGUGUUUUGGUUCAGCAAUUUUUCCAAAAAUAUAAUUUUGUCUUGAGCUUUUAUGUUCCAUUGAGGUAUCAUUGAAAUUGGAGAAUUUGCAUCGUUUUGUCCUGCCUUGUUUGAAUUUUAAAUGUCUAAUGGGUAGAAUAAUUAAGGGGAUAAGAUGGAGCAGAUUAAAUGUUUGAAUAACCAACAGAUUGAAGUGAGGAUAUUUAUCCAUCAGUCACUGUGUCUUGUGUAUUCAGAAUAUAUUGUAUGACCUUCAGGCAAACAAAUUCACUAAAUGUUAAUGCUCCACUUUGGCAGAAGAGAAGGCUCAGAAAGUUAGGGUAAUAAUUAUCUGUACCAAAAUAUUAAGUUUUAUUCAUUAUUGUACUAGUAUACAAGUAUUUUACCUAUUUGAAUACAGACUCUUCUAAACUUUGUAAUGUCUUCUGUAAUUCUUGGGCACACCUUGUGAUUUAUCUCACACAGUUGUAGGUCAGCUUCCCAUUAAGUUGUAAGCCAUUGACACAAAAUAUAAAUAUGUGAACUUGUGAUGAUAACAUUAGAGACAACUUGCUACCCUGACUUGUCUUGCUUUCAGAAUGUGCACUGGCACCUGCAUUUGAUAAACCACAGAAUAGCAAGUUUUUGUUUAAAAUUUUACUAAGAAACAGUAUGUAGGAUAUUAACUUUCAGUCAUUCGCAUAUCUGUGCUGUUAUUGCAAAUGGUUGAUAAGCAAUGCUAUUUUUCAGCCCAGUUAUAUUUCUGUUUAUAAAAAGGGCAUUUUCAUGUGGUUCUGGGAUGAUCUGUGUAUGAAAAGAAUUGGAACCACUGCCUUACCCUUGCAUGAUCGUAAGAGGCGACUAAUAGGGUCUUAACACUUGGUUUUGCUGUAACUCUGUGAUUCCAGCAGGUAUGCAGAUUUUGAUUCCAUACCUCAUGUUUUUAUUUCGAUGUAAAUGAGAUAUGAAACCAAAAUUUGUUGUCCUGUUUUGGUGCGCCGUAAAACACAAAUAAAAAAAUGAAUAAAUAAAAAGGGCAUUUUGGAAGUCUUCACUUUUCUUGCAAUGAAAGACAUUUUUUUUUUAGUUUUUUAGUAUGAUAUUAUACUUUUAUCAUUUGGGAAUAUGGUCAAAACAGUCCCCCUAAAAACCCAUGAUUAUACAUGUACAACCUUCAAGUAUAGUCACAAAGUAAUGUGCUAUGUAUACAAGUUUGCUUUUCAGCAACAUACGGUACAUUCAUUUAAACUUGUGUCAAAAUUGGGAAGGCAAACAAAAUAAGGUACUGUUCUAAAAAUAUGUUAUCAAAUAACUGCAAGUUUUAGUCACUGAAAUGCCAGUUAUUUUAUUGAAGCACCACACCUUAUUGGAAAUUGGUAGAACAUGACCAAAAUACAGGAAUGAUUUUCAAGUUAAACAUUAUUUUUGUUUAGUAAUUUUUUCAUUUGAACACACUCAUCGGAUGAUAUAUUUCUUGUAUGCUAUUGUUGUAUAUGCACCUGUUUCAAAUUACGAUAUUCUGUAUAGUAACUUGGACAUUGCUAUGUAAACUUGCUGUUUAGAAAAAAAAAGGACAAGGA